AUGGUCAAUCUACACAUUCUAGUAAUACCUUAUCCAGCGCAAGGCCAUGUUAUUCCUCUUAUGGAGCUGUCUAAAUGCUUAGCCAAAUAUGGCUUCAGAAUCACAUUUUUAAUCACAGAGUAUUAUCAUCAGCUGAUCAAGAAUACCUCAAAGGGUAAUAUUGGGGAUCAAAUUCAACUAGUUUCAGUUCCAGACGGAAUCCAAUCCUCAGAGGAUAAGAAUAAGCCUGGGAAGUCAUCUGAAGCAAUCUUGAGGGUUAUGCCAGGCAAAGUAGAGGAGCUUAUUGAAGAAAUUAAUUCGUCAGGCAGUGAUAAGAUCAGCUGUAUCCUCGCUGAUCAGAGUUUCGGGUGGGCCUUGGAAAUUGCAGAAAAAAGAGGAAUUCGUCGUGCUGCCUUCUGUCCUGCAGCAGCUGCACAGUUGGUCCUGGGAUUCAGCAUCCCAAAGCUGAUAGAAGAUGGAAUCAUAGAUGAGCAUGGAACCCCAAAACAAAAGCAGAUAGUUCAGAUUUCACCAACAAUGCCAGCCAUGUACCCUGCCAACUUUGUGUGGGCCUGCCUUGGCAACAAGGAAGCACAGAAGAAUAUUUUUGGACUGAUGGUUAGGAACAACAAAUCUGCCAAGUUGACAGACUGGCUGCUCUGCAACUCAACUUAUGACCUUGAGCCUGGAGCAUUUAACUUGGCUCCACAGGUACUUCCUAUAGGCCCACUUUUAGCAAGCAACAGACAGGAAGAUUCAGUAGGAAAUUUCUGGCCAGAGGACCCAACUUGUCUGGCAUGGCUCGAUCAGCAGCCACCAGAAUCUGUCAUCUAUGUUGCAUUUGGAAGUUUCACUGUUUUUGAUCCAGCACAGUUUCAAGAAUUGGCUUUAGGAUUGGAACGUUGUAACAAACCAUUCCUCUGGGUGAUAAGGUCAGAUAUAAGGAAGGGGACAAACGAUGCCUUCCUCAAAGAAUUUCAAGACAGAGUAGGCACAAGGGGCAAGGUGGUUGAUUGGGCACCUCAACAGAAAGUUCUGGCCCAUCCAUCUGUUGCUUGUUUUGUGAGUCACUGCGGCUGGAACUCUACCAUGGAAGGUGUAAGCAAUGGGAUCCUUUUCUUGUGCUGGCCUUACUUUGCUGACCAGUUCUUGAACCAGAGCUACAUUUGUGAUAUUUGGAAGAUUGGAUUAGGAUUUGACAAAGAUGAAAUUGGGAGGAUUAUGCAAGGAGAAAUCAAGAAUAAGGUGGAGCAACUAUUGAGCAAUGGGGAAUUUAAAGCAAGAGCUUUGGAUCUCAAGAAAAUGGUCAUAAACAGUGUCAAUGAAGGUGGUAGCUCUUACCAAAAUUUCAAGAAAUUUGUUGAAUGGAUGAAAGAGUAG